AGGAGGGGGGCACUCAAUUAUGGAGAUUUGAUCUGGCCUGAUUCAUAGUCCAUAGUCUGACGAUAUUUUAAAAUGAUCAGGUCACUCUUGGUUAGAUAUUCAUUGCUAUACAGAGGGAAAACAAUGACAACUUCCAGUGGUCCCGACCUCACUGGAGUAGACCCAACUCAAUUGCAGCUACUCUCCGAGCAAUGCAUCCUAAUUUCACCAGAGGACAUAGUGACAGGAGCAGAAUCGAAGAAAACAUGCCACUUGAACACUAAUAUUGAAUCUGGACUGCUCCACAGAGCAUUUAGUGUCUUUCUGUUUGAUAGGAAUGGUCGACUGUUGUUGCAGCAACGCGCAAAAGCAAAGAUUACAUUUCCUGAGUAUUACACCAACACCUGUUGCAGCCAUCCACUGUACAGACCUGAAGAGCUGGAGGAGGAUGAGCAGUUAGGAGUGAAGAGAGCUGCUCAGAGGAAACUAACACAUGAGCUAGGAAUACCAAAGGAAGAGAUGCCACUGGAAUCCUUUACGUUUCUGACUCGCAUUCUUUAUAGAGCAAAAUCAUGUGAAAUCUGGGGAGAACAUGAGAUAGAUUAUAUAUUGUUUGCUCAGAGAGACGUUAGUUUAUCAGUUAAUCCUAACGAAGUACAGGACACGCGUUAUGUCACACCCGAUCAACUGAAGGAGCUACUAAAGGAUGGAGAAAAAGGCGUGAUCAAGAUAACCCCUUGGUUUAGACUGAUAUGUGAUAGCUUUUUGUUUAAGUGGUGGAAUAGUUUGUCUUCACUUGACUCAAUGAUCGAUAAAAAUACAAUACACAAUAUGUAUUGACAAGAGUACAUAAUUAUUUACUCUUAUUAUUAUUAUUACUCUUAUUAUUUACUCAUGGUAUUGACAAUAGAUAAUAUUUUGAGCUUAA